AUGGGGUGGCUGCUGUCCCCUGGAACCUGCCUUCUGCUCUGCCUCCUCGCCCAGCUCGCCGCUGCAGCCUCAGGCAAGUCAGUGGGCAUCGUGACGACCACGCGGGUUCAGCACGCGUCUCCAGGGGCAGCCUAUGCCCACUCGCCCAGCCGGAGCUGGUACGCCGACGCCAACAUGCCCAAGGAGGCUUUGCAGGACGGCUGCAAGGACAUCGCCUACCAGCUGGUGCACAACACGGACAUCAACGUGAUCCUGGGUGGCGGGAGGAUGUACAUGACUCCCAAGCGGACACCGGAUCCUGAAUACCCGGAGGACCCAGCUCAGAAUGGCACCAGGAAGGACGGCCUUGACUUGAUUGCCGAAUGGCUGAGCGCCAGGCAGGGUGCCCGAUACGUCUGGGACAAGAAGGGCCUGGAUGCUGUCGAGGAUGACUCUGUGAGCCACCUGAUGGGCCUCUUUGAGCCCAAGGACAUGAAGUACGAGCUGAACCGUAAUGCUUCCACGGACCCCUCCAUUGUGGAGAUGACAGAAAAGGCCAUUCGCAUCCUGCGCAGGAACCCCAAUGGCUUCUUCCUCUUCGUGGAAGAUGACCACGUUCACCAUGCAGGUGGCAGGAUCGACCACGGCCACCACAGCGGCCGGGCCAAUUUUUUUUAGGCCGUCAUGCUGGACCGGGCGGUGGCACGGGCAGGCGAGCUCCCCUCCCGUUCUGACACCUUGACUGUAGUGACAGCUGAUCACUCCCACGUCUUCACCUUUGGGGGCAACACACUGCGUGGCACCUCCAUCUUCGGCCUGGCCCCCAAGAAAGCCAAGGACAAGCGAGCCUAUACCAGCAUCCUCUAUGGGAAUGGUCCUGGUUACAGCAUCCGCGACGGGGAGGACAAGGACUACAGGCAGCAGGCAGCCGUGCCCCUGGAGACAGAGACCCACAGUGGGGAGGACGUGGUGGUGCUGGCCCAGGGCCCCAUGAGCCACCUCUUCCACGGGGUGCAGGAGCAGCACUACAUCGCCCAUGCCAUGGCCUAUGCCGCCUGCCUCGAGCCCUAUGCCGCCGAGCCCGGGUGCAGGACAGCUCGCAUGGCCUCCCAUGGCACCCAGUGCUUCCCACAGCCCAUGCUCACUCUCCUGACCCUCUGCGUGGCUGCCCACUUGGUGGGGGGCUGA